UACAUGGUUUUGCUCUGCAGAGAAAUGGUCAACGCAUGGUUUUCCGAGAGAGUUCACAACAUCCCCAUAUGCAAGGAAGGCAUCCGAGCCCACACGGAGUCAUGCUCCUGCUCCUCGCAGCAGAGUCCUCAUGCAGACAAUACCACCCCUGGAGCCCCAGCCAGAAAAAUCUCUGCCUCUGAAUUUGACCGGCCUCUGAGACCCAUUGUUGUCAAGGAUUCCGAGGGAACUGUGAGCUUUCUCUCUGACUCAGGAAAAAAGGAACAGAUGCCACUAACCCCCCGAAGAUUCGAUAGUGAUGAAGGGGACCAGUGCUCCAGACUCUUGGAGUUAGUAAAAGAUAUUUCCAGUCAUUUGGAUGUCACGGCCUUAUGUCACAAAAUUUUCUUGCAUAUCCACGGACUCAUCUCCGCCGAUCGCUAUUCCCUAUUCCUUGUUUGCGAGGACAGCUCCAAAGACAAAUUUCUUGUCAGCCGCCUCUUUGAUGUCGCUGAAGGUUCGACACUGGAGGAAGCUUCCAAUAACUGUAUCCGCUUGGAGUGGAACAAAGGCAUUGUGGGACAUGUGGCAGCUUUUGGUGAGCCGUUGAAUAUCAAAGAUGCCUAUGAGGAUCCUCGGUUCAAUGCUGAAGUCGACCAAAUUACAGGCUACAGGACACAGAGUAUCCUUUGUAUGCCAAUUAAAAACCACAGAGAAGAGGUUGUUGGUGUAGCCCAGGCCAUCAACAAGAAAUCAGGAAAUGGUGGGACAUUCACUGAAAAGGAUGAAAAGGACUUUGCUGCCUAUUUGGCAUUUUGCGGUAUUGUCCUUCACAAUGCUCAGCUCUAUGAAACGUCACUGCUGGAGAAUAAAAGAAAUCAGGUAUUGCUUGACCUUGCUAGCUUAAUUUUCGAAGAGCAGCAGUCAUUAGAAGUAAUUCUGAAGAAAAUAGCUGCCACUAUCAUCUCCUUCAUGCAGGUGCAGAAGUGCACCAUAUUCAUCGUGGAUGAAGACUGCUCUGACUCUUUCUCUAGUGUGUUCCACAUGGAGUGUGAGGAAUUGGGAAAAUCAGCUGAUACUUUAACAAGAUGUCAAGAACACAAUGGAGCCACUUAAUAUCCCUGAUGUCGCUAAGGACAAACGAUUUCCCUGGACAAAUGAAAACACAGGACAUGUAAACACACACUGCAUUGGAAGUUUGCUUUGCACACCUAUAAAAAACGGAAAGAAGAACAAAGUCAUAGGAGUUUGCCAACUUGUCAAUAAGAUGGAGGAGAAUACUGGCAAGAUUAAACCUUUCAAUCAAAAUGAUGAACAGUUCCUGGAAGCUUUUGUUAUCUUCUGUGGCUUGGGGAUCCAGAACACACAGAUGUAUGAAGCGGUGGAGAGAGCCAUGGCCAAGCAAAUGGUGACAUUAGAGGUCCUGUCCUAUCAUGCAUCGGCGGCAGAAGAAGAAACAAGAGAGCUCCAGGCUUUAGCGGCUGCUGUUGUGCCAUCUGCCCAAACCCUUAAAAUUACUGACUUCAGCUUCAGUGACUUUGAGCUGUCUGAUGUGGAAACAGCACUGUGUACAAUUCGGAUGUUCACUGACCUCAACCUUGUGCAGAACUUCCAGAUGAAGCAUGAGGUUCUCUGCAGAUGGAUUUUAAGUGUUAAGAAGAAUUACCGGAAGAAUGUUGCCUAUCACAAUUGGAGGCAUGCCUUUAACACAGCACAGUGCAUGUUUGCUGCUCUGAAAGCAGGCAAGAUUCAGAACAAGUUGACGGAUCUAGAGACACUUGCAUUGCUGAUUGCUGCUUUAAGCCAUGAUUUGGAUCAUCGUGGUGUGAACAACUCAUACAUACAGCGAAGUGAACACCCGCUGGCCCAGCUGUAUUGCCACUCCAUCAUGGAACACCAUCAUUUUGAUCAGUGCUUGAUGAUUCUAAAUAGCCCAGGCAACCAGAUUCUCAGUGGCCUCUCCAUUGAAGAAUAUAAGACCACACUGAAAAUAAUCAAGCAAGCAAUUUUAGCUACAGACCUAGCACUGUACAUUAAGAGACGAGGAGAAUUUUUUGAACUUAUAAGAAAAAAUCAAUUCAGUUUUGAAGAUCCUCUUCAAAAGGAACUAUUUCUAGCCAUGCUGAUGACUGCCUGUGAUCUCUCUGCGAUUACCAAGCCCUGGCCUGUUCAACAACGGAUAGCAGAACUCGUGGCAGCUGAAUUCUUCGAUCAAGGAGACAGGGAGAGAAAAGAACUCAACAUUGAGCCUGCUGAUCUAAUGAACAGGGAGAAGAAAAAUAAAAUCCCAAGUAUGCAAGUUGGGUUCAUAGACGCCAUCUGCUUGCAGCUGUAUGAGGCCCUGACCCAUGUUUCAGAGGACUGUUUGCCCUUGCUGGAUGGCUGCAAGAAGAACAGACAGAAAUGGCAAGCCCUUGCAGAGCAGCAGGAGAAGACUCUCAUUAAUGGGGAAAGCAGCCAGACCAAGUGAGGCUGACAGCGCGUCCGCCGUGCGCAGACUGCCACAGGCCUGGUUUCUACACUAUGCAUAUUUGUGUGCACUUCGCCACUGCUGUAUUUUGUUUUUGCACAACUUUUAAGAGGACAUAGCAUGAACUGUUUUAGGGAUUGCUACCUACUUUCUGUACUUUUGUUUUAUGCCACUGAAGUGAAAUGAGGAGUCAUAUUCACUUAUAACACAUUGAUAAGAAUGGCGUCAAUGGCCUUCCGACACCCAGUUUGGUUUUGCCUGGAAAUUUAUAAAUAACUGCCUUUGUGUUUCUGAGUCACCGGUAUUUCAAACAUGUUAGGAAUCUCUCUCAAACUAGGUUAGAGGCAAAUUGAUUAUGUUCUGGGACAUUGAAAGCCAUCAUGAGAUGAAUGUUGACUGGGUGGAUGGUAGGAAGAAAUGAAUAUAAACUUGAAGAGUCUUAACAUAGUUAAGGCAUUGAGAAACAAGAAAAUGUGGUACCUAGCUGCCCUGCUUUUUCUGUGAUGGGGACAACUUGUAGUACAUCCCAUCUAUGUGGCAGAGCAAACAACCUGACAGCAGUCUCAGAACUUAAAGCCCAGGGCCAAAUGAUUCCCCCCACUGACCUUCCCAAGGUGCCAGACAUGGGAGGGCCCAGAAUAGCCCUCAGCCUACAGAAAUGUUUCACUGGAAGUUCUUUCUGACAAUCUGCAUUUUAAAUACUGAAAACUUUAAAAGCUAUUUCUUUUUAACUUUUCAUUGCCUUAACACAACAAUCAAGUUUCAAUGGAAAAGUGGUCCCAGGAGCACACUUGCCUGAAAUCAGGCAUGACUACAGUAUGAAAGUGCAAAAAUUCACCUUUAUUCCUCUCUGAAAUUUACAGGAAAAGAAAAUAAUUAGACGAGUAGCAGAGGUUUGUGUCUAUAAGGGAGCUCAGACAAUGAGUUCAAAGAGACAGAGUGUGAAAUCUUCUGCCUGAAUAAAAACAGCCUUCGGAAUUUCGAGCAGAUAGUGAAUCACGCCCAUCAGCUGGGUUAGGGGAGGAGUAUCUGUUCCAAAUGGGCAAUAUUACUUGAGUUUGAGGAGAAUUAGAGGGAUUUGAUUCAUUAACUUCCACCCUUUUCCCACUUCCUCCCAAAGUGGGUGAAGUAUUUGACCUGGGUUUCUAACAUUAACUUGCAUUCAAAUGGUUUCUUUUUCCUUUUCUAUUGGCUUAAAAUUCAACAUGUUCCCUUUAGAUCCUGUGUAUGUACAUUUUACUGUGGCUUUGUUCUUAACUGAGAUGAGAAAAGGCAAAGCAAGUUGUGCAUUACUGCUUUGUAUUGGUGAAGGCUAAUCCAGGGAGUUGUCACCCAAUGCCACUUGUAAUUGUAUUACUAUUGUAAUACUUGUAUUUUCAGAGUAUUAUUUCUUUGUGUUUCAUGAUGUACAGGUGAAAUCUGUAAGGUUGCCUCUAAUGCACUGGUGUGUAAAUUACACAGACUGUCACUAACAAUAGUCAUAUCAGCAUACUGUAUACACCCAUGCACGCAUACAUAAUUCUUGAGUGCAGAUGCGUGCUUAGAGAACAUUCUCCUAGCCCAGCACUGAACCCCACAUGUUGUGACUGAGCAGUUAUACUGAAAUGUAGUCAUGCACAUUUGUAGCUUAAGUCACUUAGAAUAUUUUUAAAGAUGACAUUGUGUGUGGAGGAUUUGUCUGCCAUGUUAACAAGCAAGAAGUCUGAGUUUGCUUUAGGUAAUGGUCUAUUUUACCUAUUAGUGUAGACAUUAAAAUAGGAAGAACAGUGCCAUGCCUUGUUAUGUUAUUGCUGGGUAUUUUAGUUCAUACACAGGAGAUUUGUAUUUUAUUCAAAUAAUUUUUAUUUUAUAGGAAAACCAUUCCAUACAUAGAUUUCUGUCUGUGGUACAAGAAUACAAGUCACAGUUUUGUUCUGAAUGUGAAUAUUUCCUUUCUAGUAGCCUCUCAAGUUGGAAUAUAUUUAUUAUAUUACAUUAUUAUAAUCUCUCCCUUAUGCUGCCAUGCAUUGAUAUUGCCCAUAAUGAACAAGAUACUGUUCUUGUCCUAGACAGUUUGUUGGGUUAAUUGCUUGACUGGCUGUAGAAAAAUAAUAUGAUAACAUUUCAUUUUAAUUUUUAGCCAGAAAAAUUCCUGUGUUUUUGUAACUUGUCUAUAAAAUUUUCUGCUCUUAUGUGUUUAGAAGAUCUGCCUUUGCCGGUCAUGAUGCUGUAUGAAUGUAAGUCAGUUAACCUCUGCACCUAAGGAAGCUGUGUUCUAAUGUAUUUAAGUUUGGGCAAAGCCUGUGUUCAAGGGAAACUUCACAGGAGGCAGCUAGCUCCUAAGCCUUCCUUACGGGCCUUUGAGACCACUGUCAGAAAUGGGGAAUUGGAGUAAAGAAGUGAUCUCACCCCACAGGUCAUUUCUUAUGUUGAGUUCUUUAGAUGGGAAGCAAGUACGUUUAAUCCACUCCACAAGGACCUGGUUCGGAGCCUAAACCCAGGAUGCUGCUUUGUCACUGGUUGAUUAAUUACAAAGAAGAGUUUCUGUUAGUAGCAGCAUGGAGAUAAGGAUGGAUAUUAAAAUGUACUAGAAAUAUUGGUUUCUUGGAGGAACUUGAAUCCCAGACAAUUUUUGCCUACCAGUAAAGUGCCUUUACUCUCAGAGUGUUGCAGAAGUGUGAGGCUUGGCAACUAUUGCAUUUCCAAAUUUCCUGGGAUUUUCACUAGAUUACACUCCCAAACCAUAGCAGGUAAGCAGCGAGGCUUUUUCUUUAGCCUGAUUUAAGACGACAGAAGACAAAGUGUUCCCUUGCUCUCCUGUAAACAGCUGUUUGAAAUAAGGUGGUAGAACUUAUUUACUUGGUAUCAGCCAUGCAUCAGGCCACCUUUUAUUAAAUCCUCUCCAUAUGUUAUUCAAUCCUGUCCAUAUGUUAGGUACAGUGCUCAGUGGCCGAGACAGAGCAGUAACUCCAUGGAGCUCACGGGCUAUACAGGAAAUGACUAAGUGCACCAUCGUUUCUCAUCCUGCCAACUUCCCAUGCAAGUGUAGAGGGCGUCCCGUCACUUUCCUAUUCACCUACUGUGCACUUUUAUCCAGAAUUUCCUCUACAUCUGUGAACACCCUGUCUUCCUGUCAAUAUGGAUCUUUUAACCUGCUGAUAGCCUGAAGAACACCUGUGUAAGGAAGAAGUCACAUCUCCCAUGACAGAUCAUGUUUCCAUAUCCAGUCAGGCAGAGAGGCAUCAGAGUUCUCUGUGAAUCCCCUCUGCCCUCUCACAGAGAGCAAAGAAGGAAGUAUUAGAGCUUACCUCACCCUGCCUCAUUCUUAUCAAAAAGCCUGUGUAGACAUGUCUUGAGUGUUGUUGGAAGUGAUGUAAAUAGCUGAAAAUAUAAAUUUCUAUUACAGUUUAAGAACCCCAAUGAACCAUCACUCGCCACUAUUGAUAUCUAUUUGUAUUCUUAAUGCCUUUUCAAUAUAUCUGAACAAAUAUAUAGUUUCUGGCACUAUUUUUAUACUAGCAUAAAAGAGUUACUAUGUAAAUUAUGUUUUGCUGUGAAGCCGUUUAAAUGAUUGAAAUGUUGGUUUCUUUUCUUUCCUCUCACCACACCGAAAACCAUUUCUGACCUUCUGUGAGGGGUGUGUGUGUCACGCCUCAGAAGCGCUUGCCCACCCACCCCUGGUCCCUGUGAAGUCAGACAUGAUCAAGGUGGUUUUUCCAUUGUGCAAAGUCAUCACACAUCAGUUGUUUUAUCCUUUUGCAGUGCUGUAAAAAUAAAACAAACGAACAAGAA